UUGUCAAAAUGAGAGCGGCUGCAGCGUGACGUCUAAACGUGUUUGUUUACAAAAAACCAAAAAUAUUCAUUCCAGAUACAUUUAGAUGCAGUCAAUGUGAACAAACGCCAGUUGCCUGAUCAUGUCUGAUACCGAGGUGGAAGGCGAGGCCGAGGAGCCCCAGGGAGCGCCGGGAGAAAGAAAGUCUCAUGUCCGUCUGAUGGCGCCAGACCCAGAACAGAAUGAACCAACUGACGACUCCAAAGUUCACAUGAAGUCAUCACAAAAAGAUAUAGUGCCAGAUAAUGUAGACACUGCCAAAGUUACGGAUAUAACAAAUACAGGCCAAAGUGAAACAACGGAACAAAAAAGCUCAAUGUCUGCGGUAAAAGAAGAGGAAGUCAAACAGUUGGCCAACACAUUGGCGACCAACAUUUGGACGAAGCAGUCGGCGCCAGCGCUGGCCGCCGCCGCUGAAGACAUCAAGUGCGCUUUGAAAGACAAAAAAAUGCCAAUACCUUCAGCACCACAGCUAAACCACCUGUCGGGGACAACAUCAUACCCAAUCAAACCAGUGAUUUCACUACCAGCCAAGAGAAUAGAGACCAUUCCUGAUAGCAAGGAGGAACAUGAGCAGAGCAAGACAGAGCUGAAUAAAGAUACAGACGAAAAUGUAAUCGAAAUGCCGGAGGUUCAAGCAGAGCCAACCACUACUAGAGAGAUUACUGAGUGGGCAGACGAGGCGGGGGCGAGCGGGGCGCCGCGGGGCGAGGGGCGGACGUCGCGCGCGGUGCGGCGGUUCUUCUGCUGCGGCGCCGUCGACGCGGCCUCAGAAGACAACGUCACCUACACACGCACCGGCAGUGGCAUCUAGGCAUCUCGCUCGCACACAUCAAGCUACUAGUAUCCAUGAUAUUGUGGUGUUCGCAUAUUUAAUUGGUUUCUAUAAUGUAAAAAUCGUAAAAAAUUACCUUGAAAACAA